UGAGCAGAUGAACGAUAGAACAGCCUUUGUGGAUGGCUCUAUGGUCUAUGGAUCUACUUGUAUCGAUGAAAGGAAAUUAAGGGGAGGAUUACGUUCAUUUGGUGGGAGACUUGCGGUAAACUAUCAAAAUCUUCCUCCACGUCGCGAGAAAGGAUGUCCUAGGGGAAUUGUUACAAAAUACACUUGUUUCAUGGCUGGCGAUCACAGGCCAAGUGAAACACCUACAUUAACUGUUCCUCAUAUCACGUGGUUAAGACGUCAUAACCUCAUUGCCGACGCGUUAAGACAAGCUACGGGGAUUCAAGAUGAUGAACUUCUUUUUCAAGAAGCUAAAAGAAUUGUAGUUGCAGAGCUUCAGCACGUUACCUAUAACGAAUUUUUGGCUGUAUUACUUGAUAAGUACACGAGGAAUUUUUUCAAUCUUCGUUCACGACGAAGGGGACACAACGAUAUAUAUAAUAGUAGAAUUGAUCCCAGAACCAUUAAUGCUUUUGGCGUUGCAGCUUAUCGUAUGGGUCAUAGUUUAGUCAGAAAUGUUGUAGGUCACGACUAUGGCACUGGGCAUGUCAAAGAAUUUGAAGUGAGUAAGCAUUUUGAACGUCCUGACCUGAUGUAUAAUGGAGGAUAUGAGUACAUGGCUCGUUGGAUGUCAAGAGCACAAAAAUCCAGGUCAGACAGGUUCUUGGUCGAUGGAAUCAGAAAUAGAUUGUUUGAAUUUCCAGAGUUUGAUGGAAUGCCUCCAUCAGAAACACUGUCGUUUGAUCUGGGAGCUUUGAACAUCCAGAGAGGCCGAGAUCACGGCAUACCUUCCUACAACGCUUACAGAGAGUUCUGUGGACUCCCGAGAGCGCGUUUCUUUGCCACUGUCCGUGGGGGACUGGUCGAUCAUUCUCGGCAGGCCGUAGCAGCGCUUCAGAGAACUUACAGACAUCCAGACGAUAUUGAUCUUUAUGCUGGAGGUUUGUCUGAGACGCCUCGACAGCGGACAAGCAUUCUAGGACCCACCUUCCAAUGUCUUAUUGGUCUUCAGUUCCAUCUUUAUAAACAUGGUGAUCGCUUUUGGUACGAAAGACAAUUUCCAGAAAACCGGUUAGCUGCUUUUACACAAGCUGAACUGGCACAAAUAAAACAAACAACAUACUCCAAGAUCAUGUGUUCAGUUUUAAAAAACAUUAAUGGCCGCUCCAAUUCUUUCCAAAGAAAUUUGCUUCUACGUCCUCACAGAAUCAGUAAUCCAGUACAAUCCUGCAGGCGUAUUUUACGAGGAAGUAGGCUUGGAUUCGACAUUAGACCAUUUGCACGACAGCUUUUGAGCUUGGGACGCCUACGAUACUCAGCUUCACGGGCGUCUUCAUGCAUGGCUAGAGACAGAGGAAGAGUCCCUGAUAGACCACCACCUGCCUUCCCUUUACCUGCCUUCCCUUCCCCGAUCAACCCAGGAAGUGUUCUCCCCAUACGAAGAAGAAUAAUGUUCCGUCGCCCCGGUAGAACUAUAUGAUUCUAUUGUAUCAAAAUAUGAUGGACUUGUUUGUUGUUAACAAGAGCUAUAUUUGACAUUGACCUACAAUAACUAUUAAAUGCAUGUUUUCAAUUAUUAACAA